AUGCCUCUCCUCGGCGGCAAAGGCAACAAGUUCAAGGUCGACCCGCCCAAGAUCCGCAUCGAAAAGGUCACAGUCGAGCGGCCCGCGCCCAAGCCCAAACCCAGGCCGCAAGCCGCCCUCUCCAAGGCCUCGUCCUCGUCGUCGCGCUCCCCGUCCGUUCACCGAUCCUCGCCCAAACCCGCCACGCCCCGGCAAAAGAGCCAUUCACCGUACCCGUCGUCAUCGUCAGACGAGCGCCGUCUCGAACGCAAGCGCAAGGCCGCCACCACCCCGGUCCGCAAAUCCCCCGUUGCUGAGCGCGUCACCUUUGACAAGGACAGCGACAACGAGGACGAUGGCUGGAUGAGCCUCGACACCCGCAAGCGCCCGCGCAAGGGUCAGGAGCAGGACCUGGUCGACCCCAACCGCCAGAUCCGCGAUAUUGAUGCCUACGAGGAGCCCGAGGCCGGUCUCAAGUUCGUUCACGCUGUCCACGUUGCCUCGUUAGAGACCAAGUGCGUCCCGGUCAUGGGGGCUCAAAAAGAGGAUGUUGCAAUAGAGAUACAAUAUCCGAGCCCUCAACCGAGGGAAAGAUUCGAACUAGUAUGGGGCAAAGAUAAGAUUGACGCGGUACAGGCUAGCAUCCGUAUCGUGCAACUUGUCGCCGAGACAUACCUCACCGAAGAAGAGGCCGAGCCCUUUACCAACCAAAACGGCGGGCUUAUUCGACGACUCGAAAAGGCUUCCAACAGAAAUAUCCAGGACUUGGCAGGUUUCAAAGCCGCCAUCCACGAGUACAACCAGAUCAUCCAAAACCUCGUCGAGGACGGCAUCGUUGCCAAGAACAUUGACAAAUUACGCGAACUACCCGCCCACCUCGUUGCCUUCAUCCUCGACCAAAUAUACGACCGAACAGUCGCUCCUCACGUCGAGCUCCUCUCCAAGUACGAGAACGGUACCGACUAUGUAUACGGCGAGCUGCUGCACCCCUUUAUCACCAAGCUGUUGGUUGAGCAGCUCAAGAUGCGCUCAGACCAGGUUUUUGUUGACCUGGGGUCCGGCGUCGGUAACGUGGUGUUGCAAGCGGCCCUCGAGGUUGGCUGCGAGAGUAUAGGCUGCGAGAUGAUGGAAAACGCCUGCAAGCUGGCCGACGACCAGAACCGCGAGUUCAAGUCGCGGUGCAAGCUGUGGGGUAUUCUCCCCGGCCGGACGCACCUCGAAAGGGGCGACUUUCGAAAGAACGCCGUCAUCCACGACGCCCUAAAGCGGGCCGAUGUGGUGCUCGUAAACAAUAAAGCGUUUACGUCGCAGCUCAACGACGACCUGGUGCGCAUGUUUCUGGACCUCAAGAGCGGGUGCAAGAUUAUUUCGUUGCGGUCGUUUGUGACGGACGGCCACAGCCACAACAUCAACGACGUCGGCAGCACGAUAUUAGACGUGGAGGAGUGUGCCUACCCCGAGGGGUUCGUCAGCUGGACGAAUGCCGGGGGGCCAUAUUACAUUUCCACGCGAAAGUAG